AUGAACGUAAGAAAUGAAAUCAGUAAAUAUACUGCUCCUACAACAUUCGAUAAUAGUUUAGAGUUAAGAUUUCCACAUAAAUGUUCAAAUAAAACCAAAGAAAUACAUAACGAGAAAAAUGAGCAAGCUAAACCUAUUCCGUGGAAGGAUAUUUUUGAUAGUGAUAUCUUUAAGGAGAUUUAUGACUCGGAUGAUGAUACUAAUGAUAGUUUGCAAAAGAAUAAUUUAAAUCCUUUUUGUAUGGAAUUACCUUCAAAUAAAAGUAAGCUACAACUAGAAUUAGAUCACGUAGAUUUUUGUGACACUGAAAGGAAACGUAAAAAUACAACAAAAGUCGUAGAGUCGUUGACAAAGAAAACAAAAACAAGUGAACAAAAUAAGGCGAAGCCGAAAAAUAUUUUUCGGAAAGAAAAAUAUAAGACUACCGUCAAAAAUUGGCUUAAUUGUGUAGAUCCAAAUAAUAGAGUGGAACCGGAUACCCGCGACCAAGUUCAUGGUAACGAAAGUGAUUGCAACACGCAUAAAGCGAGAAUCGGCAAUGAAACUCUACCAAACAAAGACAAAAAUUCAAACGAGUCAGUUAUCAGACAUAAAAAUAAUAAAAAGGUUGUACAAGCACGAUUGGCUAAUAAGGACGGAAUAAUGAAAUUUAGAAAACCCGUAAAAGAUGGCGAUGUUACUGAAAUUAUAGGAAACUGUGAUCGCAAGGACAAUAACGAAAAAGAAAAACUUUUAAAUUCCAAACAUUCAAAGGCGUUGAAAGAUAAAAAAGUUGCAAAGUUCGUUGCGCCAAUUAAAUCACAAUUACCGGUUAAAGAUCUAACAUUCAAUGUAAUUCUUGUAAAUGACAACAAUUUCACAGAACAUACAACUAAAUUAGAUUCUAUAAGCGAUUGUGAAAUUGUUGCAAUAUUAAUGUAUAGCAACGGAUAUAGCCAACUGAACAGCCAGCACACAGACGUCAAUUGCGUUUCUGAAGGUAUCCUGCUCUACGUUGAUGACAUAUUCUAUUAUUUCCAAGGAUACAUUAAUGGUGAAACAUUACGGAAAAUAUUUACGAACAACGUGCUAACUUGUUACGAAGCUAAAGAGUUACUUAUAUAUCUGAAGUGUCAUUUUAAGCUUUCAUUCACGGCUUUAAAUGUUAUUGACGUGAAGAUUGGGUCGGCUUUGCUCAGCCCAGACAAUCCGCCAGAAAAAUUCUCCGACGUGCAGAAACUUCUAGAAUUCAUACCAAAUUUUACGAUCGCCACCGAGUGCUCGAUGCAAAAGGCCGCCUGGUACAUUACCCUUCUAAAGGACAGCUCGGCUAAGUUAAAGGAUAUGCUGAUAGAAAACGGUCUUUGGAAGGUUUUUGAGGACAUCGAAAUGAAGAUACUGCUGAUAGUCGCCGAUAUGCAGCACAUCGGCGUGGCUGUGGACGGAGACGAGCUGAAGUCAAUGGAAAACAUUUUGAUGCUCCGCAUGAAAGAAAUAGAAAGCGAAUGCUACAGAGCCGCCGGAAAGACUUUCCAGAUAAAUUCGUCGCUGCAAGUCCGGACCAUCCUCUACGACGAGCUGAAGCUGGACACGAAGUCUAACGUGAAGAUAAGGGAGACGAUCGCCCGGGGGGCGAAGUCUACGGCUGAAGCGAUGUUACGCAGUCUGACGACGGUCCAUCCGCUUCCGCAAUUGAUUCUAGAGUACAGGCACCUGCACAAGGCACACGCGACCUUCCUAGUGGGUAUCGCCCAGCACGUCAAGGACGGAGUCGUCAAACCCACUUGGGAUCAAACUGCAGCAGCGACGGGUCGCAUAGCAUCGAACAACCCCAAUCUCCAGGCUAUUCCCAAGAAGCCUUUCGACCUCGUCUUGUUUCCGAAGGACGGAGACGACGGGCGACACGGGCCUGCGAGCGCACUCCCCCACCCGCUCCCAGAACUAGAGGAGGCGGCAAACUCGGGACUACUCGAGAAGAUCCGAAGUGAAAAUUCCCAAUUUUUGUAUGGGGAGCCAGUGUCGGCGGGCGGCGUGCGGCUGCGACGCGCGGUGCGGGCGCGCGCGGGCCGGCGCGUGCUGGCGGCCGACUUCCGCCACGUCGAGUGCCGCGUGCUGGCGCGCCGCGCGCGCGACGAGCGCCUGCGCCGCGCGCUCGCGCAGCCCGACCUGUUCCGCCACCUCGCGCGCCUCUGGUGAGUCCCAGUGUCGGAGGUGUCGGCCGAGCUCCGCGAGCGCACCAAGCGGCUCGUGUACGCGAGCGUGUACGGCGCCGGCGCCGGGAAGCUCGUGGAGAUCCUCGACGUGGACUACGAGCGGGCGCAAUCCAUUUUGACCAGUUUUAACAGUACAUUUCCAUCGCUCAAAAAUUUUAGUAAAUCGAUCGUAGCGGAAUGUGAGAAGCGCGACGGCCGCCUGACGCUCGCGAGCGGCAGGGCGAGGACCUUCCGCGACAUCGGCAGUUCCAACUUCGCAGCCAAGUCGCACGCGGAACGACAAGCCGUCAACUUUAUCAUUCAGGGCACGGCGGCUGACUUGUGCAAAACAGCGAUGAUUCUAACUACGGACAAGUUGAGGCACGCAGAUCCGCCGAUCGAUGCCCACCUGGUGCUACAAAUACACGACGAGCUCGUUUGGGAAGUUCUGGACGAACACCUGGACAGAGCUGCUGCCAUUAUCAAAACGACGAUGGAAAAUUGCGGUCGAGAAUGCGGUCUGGACGUAGUCCUGCCCGUAGCGAUGUAUCGCGGGAUGAGUUGGGGGGAAAUGGAAGAGUUCAUUCCGGAGGAAAUUAUUUUAUAA